AUGGCACACUUUCGUAUCAGAUACUGGAAAAAUAAACGGCUGUUGUGUCUGAUAUUGCCCCUAAUACUAGUAUUUCUUACGACAGACAUAUUUUUCAGUCGUACAGCAACGCUUCUUACUGGGGAGACCAAUUUGAACACCAUUGCCCGACAUCAUAUCGCCUAUAUCAAAGUUCAUAAAGCAGCAAGCUCAACUAUUCAAAAUAUUCUACUGAGAUACGGGUACAUGAGAAAUUUGACCUUUGUCCUUGGUCGUAAUGCUAAUGUGUACCCUAACGUCAUCAGUAUUACCGAGUCUGUUACAAAAUACAACAUAGAACCUCCUCCAAAGAACAAAACAUUCGACAUUUCGUGUAGUCAUGUGAUAUAUAAUCGCCAGUCUUUUAGCGCCAUAAUGCCACGUGAUACAGUGUACUUAGCAUCUGUUCGAGAACCCUUCACAGUUUUCAUAUCAACUCUUCAUUAUUUUCGGCCACCAUAUAUAUUCAAUAUCAACGUAUCAGAUCCAAUAUCAAUGUAUUUGAAAAACCCUGAAAAAUAUGAACCCGAAGUGAAAAAUUCUUUAACAAAUAACAGAAUGGCAUUUGAACUGGGCUUCCCACUUCAACUGUUUCACUCAAAAAACUGGGCUGGGAUUAAAGAGUAUCUAAAAAAGUUGGAUAAAGAAAUGGAUUUAAUUUUAGUGGUAGAAAGAUUAGAGGAGUCUAUCGUUCUACUUAGAAGACUUCUACAUUGGAAACUACAAGAUAUUCUUUAUGUUCCGAAAAAUAAAUUUGAAGCAUUGGACAAAAAGACAAAGUCAAAGCUUAAUGAAAAAUUUUACCUCCGAAAAGAUGCAAAACGAAAAUUUGAGAAAUGGGCAGUUCUGGACUACAUUUUAUAUAAAUUUGCUGUUAAAAAACUAGAGCGCCAAAUUCGAAGCCAAAACACAGACUUCCAGAAUGAAGUUGCGUAUUUCAAGUUUAUUCGGAUGAAAGUUGAGGAGUUUUGCUUGAAGCAAAGCAAGCCCUAUAGAAAUGUGACUUUUACUGUUUAUCAAUCAGUAUGGAACGACAAAUUUGUUGUGGAUUCGCUGAUGUGCUCCCAGAUGAUAUUAAGAGAGUCGUACUUUAUUAAAGAAAUAAGGUACCAACAAUAUGGAGUUUUGCCCAGUGAGGACAAUUAA